AUGCUACGACUGGCUCUAGUACAAAUGUUUGUAGGCGCAGAUAAAACUGCCAAUCUUUUACAUGCAUCUGAUCUAAUUAAUCGGGCUGUGUCUGAGCAUUCAGCUCAACUUGUAUGUCUUCCAGAAUGCUUUAAUUCUCCUAUUGGUACAAAAUAUUUUGAAUCUUAUGCAGAAGAUGUUCCAAAUGGUCCUUCAUGUCAAGUUUUAUCUGAUGCAGCUAAGCGUCAUAAAAUAUGGAUUGUCGGUGGUUCUAUGCCAGAGCGUGGAUUUGAUGGUAAACUGUACAACUGUUGUGCAACAUUUAAUCCAAAUGGUGAACUAGUUGGUUUGUAUCGUAAACUCCAUUUGUUCGACAUUGAUAUAUCAGGUCAGUUCACCUUUAAAGAAUCAGCUUCACUUAGCUCUGGGAAAGAUAUAUUUUAUUUUGAAAUGCCUCUGAAUAAUACAGAGAAUAAACCAUCAGUGAUAAGAGUUGGACUUGCAAUAUGUUAUGAUAUUCGAUUUCCUGAAUUAUCAUUAGUCUAUGCUAAUCAAUUUGGAUGUCAGUUACUUUUAUUUCCAGCUGCAUUCAGUACUAAAACUGGACCUUUACAUUGGGAGUUGUUAGGUCGAGCUAGAGCUUUAGAUACACAAUGUUAUGUUGGUAUGUGUAGUCCAGCGUGUAAUCUGGAAUUGGAUUAUAUCAGUCAUGGUGAGUCACUAGUCGCUUCACCAUGGGGUAUGGUUAUGGCUAAGGCUGGUAAAGAGGAGGAAAUUAUAAUAGCCAACUUGGAUUUUAGUGAAUUAAAACGAGUUCGUGAAAGUAUUCCUAUCGGUAGACAACGACGUCUAGAUGUAUACAGUAUUCCAAAAAUAACUAAACGACAAUAAAAUUAUCAUCAAAUCAAUUUUCGUCUUGAAGAGAUAAACUAUUCAACUGAUAUUACGCGAUUCCUUUUUUUCCUGAUCUCCUGGCUUAUAAUCAAAUGUGAACUACGUUUAGAAUGAUGUCAGUCUUCGAUGAAUAACAACUUGAAAUACGUUUAGAAUAUUUCAUGAAAUACUCCUUUUCUGUUAGCAAGUAAAUAGAAUAUUUAUAUGUACGAUUGUACAGGUUGUAAACGAUAUCGCUGAAAAGAGUGCCUCUUCGCUAUACGUCUUUUAUUUUAUGACUUAAUGGAGGGAUUUUUAAACUGAUCAAAUAUUCGUUUU